GAGUUAACUCAAAUUAUGGCUAAUAAUAAAAUUCCAAGUAUUGAUGCAAGAAAUGAGCUUGCUGAGUUGGUGAAGCGAAAGUUGAAAUAGCUGUAAGAAACUCUAGCAAAUCUCGAGAGACAAAUAUAUGCCUUCGAAGGAUCAUACCUCGAAGAUACCCAAUUAUAUGGAAAUAUAAUUCGUGGGUGGGAUAGAUAUUUGGUGUCCAAUAAUAAUUUAUCGAUUAGUUCAAGUAAUGCAAAUAAUAAAACAAACAAUUCGAGUAAUUCAAAUUCCAAGCAUGAUAAAAGGAACAGGAAAUUCAAAGAAGCAGAAAGGUUAUUUUCUAAAUCCUCAAUCACGUCAAUGGCAGCUGUAUCAGGACUCAUAGAACCAAACGAACAAAAACAAAAUCGGGAGGAAAUGAAUUCUCCAGCUCGAAGUAAUGAUAACGACUCUUCUGAUGAAGGAUUAAUUGGAGAUAUUCCGAAAAAUACCUCAGGAAAACAUCAAACCGCAAACACUUUUUCAUCUAGUACUAAUAAUACAACAAAUACAAACAAUAAUUCAUCGAUGAUUAAUUCUGUUUCAAGUUCGAAUAUGGUAAAUAAUGCUAGUAAAAACAAUGUGCACAACUCUUCAAAUAAUAUCCCAAAUAACAAUAACAGCAAAAAUAAACACAGUUUUGAUAAACGUAAUGCAAAUAAAAAGGCGAGAUAUAAAUAA